GUUCCUUCUGCUCUAGCCCAGAGGACACUGCGGGAGGAGGGGCAGCAAGAAGGAGCCCAAGGUCCAGCAUAAUCCCCGCCAUGGGCCCUCAUGUGUCCACUGGCCCUUUAAAAGGAAGGGGCCUGUUUUUCAGGAGCCAGAGAAGCGCUGGGCCAGGGGAAGCGAGAUGGCAGAGGCCGGGUCCCUGCCCACAGGCUUUGGGGAGCUGGAGGUGCUGGCUGUAGGGGUGGUGCUGCUGGUGGAAGCUCUCGCCGGCCUCAGCCUCAAUGGCCUGACCAUCUUCUCCUUCUGCAAGAGCCCGGAGCUCCGGACCCCGAGCCACCUGCUGGUGCUGAGCCUGGCUCUGGCGGACAGCGGGGUCAGCCUGAACGCCCUCGCCGCAGCUACGGCCAGCCUCCUCCGGCGCUGGCCCUAUGGCUCCGGUGGCUGCCAGGCUCACGGCUGCCAGGGCUUCGCAGCUGCUCUGGCCAGCAUCUGCGGCAGCGCGGCCGUCGCCUGGGGGCGCUACCAUCACUACUGCACCCGCAGCCGGUUGGCAUGGCGCACAGCCGCCUCCUUGGUGCUCUUCGUGUGGCUGUCUUCAGCCUUCUGGGCAGCACUGCCCCUCCUGGGUUGGGGCCACUAUGACUACGAGCCCCUGGGGACCUGCUGCAGUCUGGGCUACGCCAGGGGGAGCAGAAACUUCACCAGCUUCCUCUUCGUCAUGGCCCUUUUCAACUUCCUCCUGCCCCUCUUCAUCACAUUCACAUCCUAUCGCCUCAUGGAACAGAAACUCGGGAGGACCAGGACCCCCCAGGUCGAUGCUCAACCACUGAGCUACAGCAGCCGGGCAAAAUCGCAUGCUUUUUCAAAGCUGCUUGAACGCGUGGAAAGGAUGAAUCUAAUCUCAGGCACCAGCUCUUCCCCGCGACGUGAACUAUACCCUCGGCCACUUCUGAAUUUCCGCAGGGUAUUUCCCUGCCACAGUUUUACCUUUGUCACCUGGAUAAUCUUUAGCAAAUGAGUCAAAACAAGCACCAGAGAUUUUUAAAUCCAGGUAUUAAUGGCACAUUUUCGCAACUCCCAGAGGAGGAGCGGUCUUAUUGAGGGGCUGGCUGAGCCCUCUGCCAGCGCUGCAGUGGGGCAGGAAAGGGAGCCGGGCCGCUGAGACGCCUGCGCAGGUGCUUCCCUUUGACCUGGAAGCGGGGCACACUCUGCGAGCUGCAGGCGGGGCCCUGAGUCACAGCAGGAGGGCCAGGCUGUGCUGGGACCCUGAACUGCGUUCAGGUUCCGGGUGCAGCUCCCUAGCGGGUCGCCCCGCAGGCCGGUGCCAUCGCCCGGAGAUCAGGUUGCCGCGGGCGUCCUCGUUCUUCCGAGUUGACUUAAACCAUGAGGCUGACAACAUCAGCGGGCGCCGCCCUGGCCCUGGCCCCGACCCGGCCGCGCGCUUAGUCCUUCUGUGAAAGGAACACAGUCUACAGACACUGAGGUUUAGGCUCACAAGUCCUCGCCCAAGCGCACGUGAGAGGAGAGCAUGGCAACUUCCUCUUACAAUUAGAUCGAGAGCGAAAAGCCCCCUGAGUGGCACCACAUCGCCUGUCCCGGUUGUGUCUCCAGCGUGGGAAGCGGCCCCUCUGAGCCCAGGACCCCAGUGCAGCUGCAGGAGAGCUGGUUCCCAGGCUGAGGUGUGAGGGCCACGCAGGGACCCUUGUGCACACAGACAUACUCAGGGAGCCCGGGUUCGACCAGACCCUGCCUCCAGGCCAGUCAGGUAGAAUCUGGCCAUUUUACAGACAAGGCAACUGAGGCUAAGCAAGCUUACAUGACAGGCUGAGGCUGUGCAUCUGAAAUGGCAGAAGGGCCCCUGGGGCCCCAAGCUCCCCCACAAGCUCAGCCCCUUCCUGCAGCCUGGCAACGUGCCAGUCUGCACAUGCCCGCACGGUCCCUGGCUGCCUGGGCUGCCAGCCGUCAGGGCAGUCAUGCCCCCUCCGUGCCCAUUUCUCCCCAGGUGAAUACCACUCUGCCAGCCAGGACGCUGCUGCUUGGCUGGGGCCCCUACGCCCUCCUGCAUCUCUGUGCAGCCCUCGCGGGCACGGCCC